AUGAAGUGUUUUGGUGCGAUAAAUGAUCAAAGCCAUGAAAACAGCGAUCGCUGUACCGAGACAAGCGAUCGACAGCUCAAAGAUGUACAAAUUUCGGACCAAAGACGACCGCACAUACAGCACUUCAACUGCCUCGCAGAGAAAGUUGGCACGUUUUUGUCCAGUUUCCAUUACUCACUGAAAAAUGAUAAGCCUGCUAAUAUCUCAAUGCCGCCAUGGAAUUCAACAAAGAUUUGGGAUGAAGCGUCUUUGCUCACAAGCAGGCUUGAGUGA